AUGAGUCCAAAGAGGAAACUCUUUAUUGUCCUGCUGUUGAGCCUUUUGGCGGUUGCCUGUUGGGCUGAUGUUUCACAUGUAAAACAUCACAAGCACCAUCGGCAUCAUCAUCACACCUCCAAGGAAUACGAGGAUGAGGAGCCCCACUACCUACCACCACAUGAGGAGAAGGAGGAGGAACAGCCAUUCUAUAAGAAGGAGAAGCAUACCAGUGAACGAGUGGUCUAUCACAAGGAGGAGGAGCACGAGGAGCCCAAGGAGCACCACCACCAUGAGGAACCAAAGAAGCAACGGGUUGACCAUUACCAUCACUACGACAAGAAACCAGAGGUGAAGACCCAGCACAUCCACUACAAGCACAGCAAGCCGCAUGUCCGUACGGAUUACAGUCGGCGUGACCUCUUUACCCCAGCUGCCAGUGAAGUUGUCUACAGGCGCCGUCGUCCCAGCCGCAUCCUGUACGCCAGUGCCCCCAACUCUGUGUUCCAUACCCACACCCAGAUCAAUGUACAAUCUCAGGACUCGGAGCUUAACUCCCUCACACCGCCAGGCGCUCAGGAUCCGGCAGGAGCUCAAGCCCCAACUGGAGCUCAGGCACCUAUUGGAGCACAGGCUCCCGCAGCAGCUAGACCCAACUGCCAGUUCAUUGUGGCGGGAAAUGCUCCACCCGGCUGCGGUCCCUCUGAUCCAAUCGGAGCUCAGUUGCCCUCGAGUGCUCUGUCACCCACAGGCGCUAACGAUCCGGCAAAUCGACCUGUUGCUCCGACUGGCCAACUGGCUACUCUGGGCAAUGGUCAGAGACCAUCACGGCCAGGAUAUGCCGGAGGAUACGGAGGUGGCAACCGUCUUAACUUUUUUGUGGAUCCCUCGUUAGGUGCUCAGCUGAGCAAUGCUGCUGGAGCUGGAGGACAACAGCAGGCAGGAGCUGGUCAAUUGGCAGGAGGGCAAGGAUUCAACAAUCAAAACUUUGGAGGUGCUCAGCUCGGUGCAGGACAAGGAUUCAACAAUCAGAACCAGGUCGAUCCUUCAUUUGGAGCUCAACUUCCCGCCGCUGGACAGGCUCCUGUGUCAGCAGGAGCGCCCUUCGACCCUUCAUUUGGAGCUCAACUUCCCGCCGCUGGACAGGCUCCUGUGUCAGCAGGAGCUCCCUUCGACCCUUCUUUCGGAGCUCAACGUCCUGCUGCAGGACAAGCUCAACUAGCAGCAGGAGGUCCUUUUGAUCCUUCCUUUGGAGCUCAACGCCCUGUGGCCCAACGACCUCUCCAGAAUCAGUUCAAUAACAAUGGCCAGUUCGGAGCCCCUUUUGAUCCGGCAUUGGGUGCUCAACUUGGAGCCGCACAGCCUGCUCCGAAUCGUAGACCCAAUCCUGUGGGUGGUCAACUGGCAGCAGGUCAACAGGGUCCUUUUCAAGGAGCUGCCGAUCCCAGUCAGGGACUAUUCGACCCAUCCGUAGGAGCCCAGUUGGCGGCGGGACAAGUGCCACGCCUCAACAAUCGCCGGCCAUCAAAUCGACCCAAUUACCAGGGUUUGAAUGUCCUGAAUGGAAACGUAUUUGGUCAGCCGCAACUCCAGGGACCAACCAACGCUGUGGGAAACCAACAGGAUACGAACAUUAUCGACGGAAACUUCUACAGUGAUCCAAGUGUGCUGCUUCAUCACGGCCAUCAUCAUGGUCGGGCAUUGGUGCGGUUAACUGGAAAUCAGAGAUCGGUUCUGGUCCCCGAUGAUGAUGAUGCGGAUGACGAUGUGGACCCCGGUUUCCUGGCCCAGUUCGCCGCCAGUAAUAGGCAGUCACAAUAUGUGGCAGCUCCCAAGAAGCCUGGAUCUCACAGAAGUAGCUCCAAGCGGGGUAAUCUGGAGAGUUUGGACCAAGGAACUUCUGCCUCGGAAUAUGACACCGACUAUCGUGAAGAUGGCUAUCAUUACCAGAAGCCCAAACACACUUUUGAGUUUUAAAAUUUUUAG